GGGCAGGACUUCCUUGCUGGUUGCUAAGACACUCUUGUUUCGCUCCUUGACAACCCUGGCGGGGGUUCGCUGGUUGCGGCCCCGGCUCCGGCCCCCGCGGGAGCAGCACCCCUUGGGGAAAGACAUUUUCUGCUCCCGCCAAGCUGGCAGGGCCUGCGUCCUGAACCUCCUGGGUGUGUCUUAAUCUCCAGUCCCAGCACCUCCCAAAAGCCCCACUCUCUCCUCCGGUGGUCACGGUGGAAGGAUCAUGGGAGAGACAGAAGGGAAGAAAGAUGAGGCUGAUUAUAAGCGACUGCAGACCUUUCCUCUGGUCAGGCACUCGGACAUGCCAGAGGAGAUGCGAGUGGAGACCAUGGAGCUAUGUGUCACAGCCUGUGAGAAAUUCUCCAACAACAACGAGAGCGCCGCCAAGAUGAUCAAAGAAACGAUGGACAAGAAGUUCGGCUCCUCCUGGCAUGUGGUGAUCGGUGAAGGCUUUGGGUUUGAGAUCACACACGAGGUGAAGAACCUCCUCUACCUCUACUUCGGGGGGACCCUGGCUGUGUGUGUCUGGAAGUGUUCCUGAUGCUCUGUCCCCAGCUCCUGUCCCCGUCCCCUGCAGGGCCUUUUCCUGCCACUCAUCUGGGACGGGGAGCAGCCCCAGGCAGGUCCUGGGUUUUCCAAGGAGAGUUUGGGGUCUUUUCUUUUUGUCCUGUGUGCCAGUUUCCUGAGCCACGCCCAGUGUGUGAACUUGUUGACAUCUCUAUCCCCAGGCUCUCAGCCAUCUCACGCCGAGUCCCGAGGUGUCCACGGGCCAGCAGGUGGCAGUCUCUGGGGGGAAUGUGGGAUGAGGAAGUGUGACAGGGUAAAGGAGGUGGGGAGAUGGGAUUUUUCCCAUAAGGGUGUGCCAGGCCCCCCUUCCUCGAGGACUGCCCUCCCCUCAAAUCCCGGAGUCCCACUGCCCUUCCAUCCCAGCACUGCUGAGGAGUGUCCGCUGCCCUUAUCAUCAGUGGCCAUAUGAAAAUGGCCCCAAGAAGGAGCCUCUCCUCGCAAGGGACACGGGCAGCUUCUCUCCUUGUCCUCCGGGGAAGUGCUGACCCAGGCAGAAGCCCCUCCCCUGCUUGGCCCCAGGCUGAACAAACCACUCCGGCUUUGGCAUGGAGACCCAGCAGCCUUUGUCCCCUCUCCACCCCCCAGGCAUGAACCUUUCUCAUUGCCUCAGCCCGCGCAGUUGAUAGCCAGGGGCCAGCGGGUGGGAACUGCUGCCAGGCAGUUUCUGGAGGUGUCCCUGGGCCUCUGGCGAGACGCCUGGGCCAGGGGUGCUCUCGCCGCGAGGCUGCUUCCGCAGGGAACCUGGCCCGCCAGCUACUCGUCAUCAGGGACCGCAUGCUGAUUUGUACUUCUUAUCUCUGCUGGCUUUUCUAUAUUCUUUUUGAGUGUGGGGAGAAGGGUUUUAGUAGAAGGGUGAAUCGUAUUUUACACAGCAGUCUUAUUUAUAUAAAUGUCUUGGUUUUUACAAUUAAAACUUCCAAAAACUGA